UCUAAAACAAUAACAUCAACAACAGCUUCCCUUAUUAUUGCGAAUCAAGUACAACUACAAUCAUACUUACUAGGGCUACCGGCCUAUUCUAGCCGCAGUUUGUGUGAAUACUAAUUAAUUAACCGUUUCGAAUCGCAGUUUAUUUCAACAGACAGCCAGAUGAAGGCUGCAGUAGAACCAACCAAAGAUCCAGAAAUGGAUGCUGCUUCCAAAGUGUUGACCUCCAUAAACGAGCCAGCCCCAAACACCUUGAAGCCGACAGAGCAGCGAGAAGGAAACUGCUACUGUGGCAAGGAACGCAAUUUGAACAUAGUUGAGCUGCUGUGCGCCUCAUGCAGCCGCUGGUUCCACGAGUCGUGCAUCGGCUACCAGCUCGGCAAACUGGUUCCCUUCAUGAUGAACUACGUUUUCUUCUGCAAAAACUGCUCUCAGACUGGCCUGGAGAGUUUCAAGAAAAACCAGGCUCCGUUCCCUCACAUGUGCAUCACCGCCAUCGCCAACCUGAUGCAGGCCAGUAUUAAAGAGGGGAUGCCCAGGACCAUGUUUUCCAAGGACCUGGAUAUCAUUCCCUUCAUGGAGAGCCACUGGGAAGGCAUGACCACCAUGUCUAGGAGGGUCACCCAGUCCUGGCAUGCAACGAUCCAAAGAACAUUGGCAAAGGACAUUGGCGUAAUUUUCACAAAUGAGGAAUCACCCUCUCCAGGCGGCAAUCCUGCCACUCUGGGCCACCCGCUGUUUGGUCUUCUCUUGCAGGACUUGACCACCAUCAAGCCCAACUACGAUGCCAUGGUAAAGAGCGGAGCUCUGAAAAUUACUAACACUGGAGUGCAGAAAGGAGGCAAUCUGAAAGGCAGAGGAACGAAAAGAAAACUGGACACGGCCGGCCCAGGAAAGAGGAAGGGUGGAGACGGGUCAACGACCAAGCUGCCCUCGCAUGGCUACCCUUUGGACCAUCCCUGGAACAAGGACGGCUACAGGUACAUCCUAGCCGAGCCAGACCCGCACGCUCCCUUCCGCCAGGAGUUUGACGAGAGCAGCGACUGGGCCGGCAAACCUAUACCAGGCUGGUUGUACCGCACACUCAGUCCGUCCACUGUUCUGCUCGCCCUUCAUGACCGGGCGCCGGUGCUGAGAAUCUCUGAAGACAGACUCUCGGUCACUGGCGACAAAGGCUACUGCAUGGUUCGAGCGACUCACUCAGUAUCUCGGGGCACCUGGUAUUUUGAGGUGAAGGUCACAGAAAUGCCUGAAGGCUCUGCUUGCCGCGUUGGUUGGGGACAGGAAUAUGCCAAUUUACAGGCUCCACUUGGCUACGACAAAUUCGGCUACUCUUGGCGGUCUCGCAAAGGAACCUCCUUCCACGAGAGUCGAGGUCUUCAUUACGGCGAGCCUUUUGGCCUGGGAGACGUCUUGGGCUGUUUAAUUAUUAUGCCUGAGACCGAUGAAGGCGAACACUUGCCAAAAACCUACAAGGAUCGACCGCUGGUCAAGUUCAAGAGCCACCUGUACUACGAGGACAAAGACAAGGUGCCGGAGGCGAUAAAGGCGCUGAAACCACUGUCAGGAAGCAAACUGGUUUUCUUCAAGAACGGCGUGUGCCAGGGCGUGGCGUACAAGGACGUCUACAAAGGAGCCUACUACCCCUGCAUUUCGCUCUUCAGGAACAUCAUUGUGCAAGCAAACUUUGGUCCUGACUUCGCGUUCACUCCUAAAGACUUCAAGGAUGGAACCAAGGAGCUCAAGUUUAGACCGAUGUCUGACAAGGCUGAAGAGUCGAUUAUUGAGCAAACGACUGCAGAUCUGCUGUACCUCACUGAGAACCAGGGGAAACUACGCCUUGACACGUACUACAUGUAGCUAAUGCAUAACUAAAUUCUAGGUGCCGCUAGAAUUUAGGGUGGACUUGAGGCAGUGACACUUUGGUGAAUUUUGAUACAAAGUUAUUGUCGUAUGUAUGUGCUUAGAAAGAAUAGGAUAAAUUGAAAUAAAAUGCAUUUGUAACAA